AUGCAGGCUUUGUGGUCGAGAGCCGGCCAGGCCCAUCGCUGCGGUUGCCGCCGCGCCAGCGAUGCAGUUGUGAGCACUCUCGGCCGCCGAGUGACAACCGCGACUCGACCACGCAAAGUCACCAUCGCCGAUGUCUUUACAGCAUGCUACAGCUCCAUGUUUGCGACUGCCGCUCUUGUCGACGCCGUAGUAAAGGAGGAUCGACGACAGGAACUGGAUCGACUGUUGGAGGAGACACGGCGGGAAUUGGCCCAGCUGCAACUCCAAAACCUCGAGGCGACCCAGAGUACGACAGAAAACAUUUCCCUUGGUCAAAUGCACCACUUAUGGGAGUCUAUCAAGGAUAUGUACACGAACCGACCAUACAUGAAGGAGAUCUACAGGCCUGCCACCAUCCGAAUCGACGAAUUUCUCAACCGGGUACAGACUGAACAAUACCAAUGUCCAGACAAGGCAACGAUGGAUGCUUACCGACGGACGGAUUAUGAGAAUCUCGAGCAGACCAUCAUGCACGAGGAAACAGACGACAGCAUCGUUCAUAGGAGGCCAAUGAACCCCAAGCAGCUCCACAACGCUGGACGUACGGUCAAUCACCUUAUCCAGCAAUUACUCAAACGAGCUGCUGCUCACGACAAAUCCAACUUACCCAGCCCCAGCUUUGACGAGGCUGUCAAGUUUGCGGACCAAAUUCCUUCUUACAAGUUUCUUGUGGAAUCCGAUUUGGAAAUGAUGAAGAAGAACCGGGCUACGUUGAAUCUUGGCCUCCGCAAGGUUGUUGGCUCAUCACUGAAUCUCAAAGAAAAGGUCGGCAGAGUGUGCUACAACCUGCUUGUUUCUGCCUACCCGGCUGAUAUGCACACGUACAACACACUCAUUGUGGCUUUCGACAGGCAUGGCUACAAGUAUUUGGCAGAAUCAGUUGUCAAUUCCUUCUACUACUAUCGACGACUAAGCCCAACACCAUCGACGUUUGUGGCCAUUUUGAAUCACUACAAAGACUCGGGCAACUACGGUCGGUUCUUACGUAGCCUUGCGUGUAUCACUGGGCUUGAUGACAAAACAGGGGCCAAGGUGAGACGCAGGUUAGCAGAAGGGUUUGACUCUUCAAGAAGCAGGCGCGACAGAAUCCAGACGUGGACGCAAACGGGUGACUAUUUCUGGCAGCACGCGCCACUAAACAAACCUGUCGUCGAGGCUGUUAUACACGGUCUUCUUCGUGUGAACCUUAUUGAUCAAGCCGCCAUGUUCUUCGUGUCCUGUAUGAAGAAUGAGGUUGUCCUUGGCACACAAAUCAUCAAACAGUUGUUUGAUGAGUGUAUUGCCGCUCUCGACUGGAGGUCUGCCGUGCGUCUGAUACAAGGUUUUGCGCAUUGUUCCUUUACAUGGCCCUCUAUGCUGCUCGGCAGGGACCGAGAUACAGCCUACCUUAUCGGCCGACUACGAGUCUUGCUCGACCUCGCUGGUCUACAAAACUCAACUGGUGAAGUGUCCACGUCAGUUCUCGACAACUUGUCAAUACCCAAUUUCGGAUUUCGGAAAUUCCUAAGUGAUCUGGCAACAGCAGACUCAACUUCCCAGCUCGAGAUACAAGACUCGACAACUGGUCUUGUCAGCUCUCCGGGGAGGAGGUUGCUUCAGAUUGAAGCCCUAUGGAAGGAACAGGAUUUUAUUGCAAAGACUAUACGUUCUAUCGAGAGUAAACUGCUUUACCCCGAUUUACCUCAAAACUUCCGCGAGUCCAUGGCCUCUCAUAUAGGAAAAACUGCAGCGAACAAUGUUGUGGGGCUAAAUAGAGAGAUCAUGGAGGUUUUGGCGCGACUCCCCCGUUCGGACAGGGUUGAGAAAGGCCUUGCGGAGUGCAAGAUAUUCGAAGACGCUUCUGUUGCUUUUUAUGAGAACAGCGCUUCUGUUCCUCGUUCCAAGAACAGCGUUUCUGGUGCUCUUUCGGACAAUAGCAUUUUUGAGAAGUUGAUGCAAUCAAGGCGGACGACGACAGGUGAACAAACAGAUGCAGAGCUUGCGGUGUCAUUGCGAGAUGAUGAGCCACAAAUGCCCUUGACGGGGACGACAGCAAAUAAGCGAACGAAUACAGCAGGGCGUAAGCCACUGCGGGCGAGAUCAAUGAGGCGGACCACAUUGUCAGCGACAGAUGAGCGGGUGGGAUAUUCGGAGAGGCCAAGUUUCGGUUAG